CCACAUUGAGUGACAGUGUGGAGGAUUUGCAGGAGACUCCGAAUCGAGUCAUAACUUCUCUCCUGAACUUUACCGCUUCACAUGUCCACCAUGGAGAGAAGAUCUCCUGCACUGCGCUGUACAAACGACAAGCUGGCAAGAGUGAUAAAUCAUCCAACACUUAUCUGACAGUCGCUGUUCUUUACUCUCCCAAGAACACCUCAGUGUCAGUCAGUCCCUCUGGUUCAGUGGCAGAGGGCAGCUCUGUGACUCUGACUUGCAGCAGCAAUGCUAACCCAGCAGUGGGGCGCUACAACUGGUACAGAGUUAUUGGAGAGCAGGUUUCAACAGUGGGGGCUAGCAGAAUGCUAACUGUCCAGUUACCAGCAGACAACAGUUAUUUCUACUGUGAAGCCAUCAAUGACCAUGGAACCGAGAACUCAUCUGCCAUUCAACUAGAUGGAAUGUCCCCUCCCAAGAACACCUCGGUGUCAGUCCUUACAUCUGGUUCAGUAGGAGGGGUCAGCUCUUUGACUCUGACUUGCAGCAGCAAUGCCAACCCASCAGUGAAGACCUACACCUGGUACAGAGUCAAUGAGAGCAAGAGGGUCCCAAUGGAGUCUAGAUCUCCGUUUCUGGUUCUGCAGGAUAUCAGUGAGAGUGGACUGUUCUCCUGUGAAGCGCAAAAUAGCUAUGGCAAAGACAGGUCCAACAUCUUUCUGUAUUUUCACCAUUGCCCCUCCACAACUACAGCAGUAACAUCAGUUCCAUCCAUAAUCUGUGGAGUGGUCAUUGUCCUGUGGAUUCUAACAGUCAUCUUCGGAGUCUAUAAAUAUAUCAGAUUAUCCAGAGGACUGAAGGCAGUAGGUGACACAUACGCCACACUACAGAUCUCAAACGUGACCUCUACUUAUGAGGUCAUACAGGUGAGAGCACUCUUUAGGCUAGUACUAGUGAUUUGCAUGUCCAAAAAAAGAAUCAUGCACAUCACAGGAGCUGAAAGACUCAUCCUCAUUGGUGGUCUGCUGCAAGGUGGUCGCUGUGGGAAACACCUGGGUCUGAUGAACUGCUUUCUUGCGUCUCCCAUUGUGGAUUGA